AUGGAGAACAACACCUACCUUUUUAGCAGCUUGCCCUACAAUCGGGAAUCAGCCCUCCUCAUGACAGCAGGUGUUGAAGUAGACCCCAACAUGUGUGCAGGACUUCUCCUGGGGUCCCUCUUCCUGGGGCUCAUCAGCUACAUCUGGGCCUUCUGGUCGCAGCGCAGCAGGCUCAAAGCUUUUAAGGAAGCCUUCAUCUUGACCUUCUCAGCCCAGCAGGGGAGACUCAGGGGUGUUCAAAACAUCCACAACUUGCUUCUCACUCUGCUCUUUAUUGAUAUUAUGAAUGCAAUCACAGUAGUCAUUUUGGUGACUGGGUUCCUGGGGUCCACCUGCAACUCUGGAAUGUGUGACACAUCUCCUUCCCAUCGAGUCAGGUUGUCGAAUGUUGGCCCUCUCCUUUUCAAUCGCUGUGUGAAGUUGCUGGAUGUUGACCUGGAACACACUGUCGCACAGGUGAACCUGAGCAUCCCAAAUGCUCAGUGGGUGACAUGUGGCUACGCAUACUACAUCCAGGAGUACAUCCUUUUCACUGACUUGAAGCUGAGCUGGAUGAAAGCCCAGAGCUACUGCAGAGCGGUGCACACUGACCUGGCCACUGUAUCUAAUGAUGAGGACAUCAGCAGGAUCAACGACAUGAACUAUAACAUGUCCUUCUGGAUCGGUCUGUACGAUGACGUCAACAGCUGGAGAUGGUCUCUGUUGAACGAACAUUUCUACACAGAAGAGGGGCAGGACUACAGGCAGUGGCAGGAAGGUCAGCCAGACAACGCAGGAGCGGUCGAGCGCUGCGUCUCCAUGAUGGAAGACGGCUUCUGGAGGGACAACGACUGUGUGCAAGUCAAGAUGCCUCUCAUCUGUUUCAGAGACGAUACAGACGAUCAGUAUGUGCUGGUGACCGAGGAGCAGAGUUGGUUCGAGGCUCAGAGCUACUGCAGGCAGUACCACACAGAUCUGGUCAGUGUGAGGAGUCAGAGUGAGAACCAGGAGGUGCUGAGCAGACUGCAGGGCAACCAAACUGUGCAGGAGGCCUGGAUCGGCCUGCACAGAGACGCCUGGAAGUGGUCGGACGGCAGCCGCUCCCUGUUCAGACAGUGGUGGGACCUUCAGCCCGAUAAUGAGAACAGCUCCCAAGCGUGUGUUGCCAUGCAAAGCGGGAGAUGGGACGACUGGAACUGUGACACCAAAUUUAACUUCCUCUGCCAAAAUAUAACCGUAGUGACUAUGACUCCGCUGCCUGAACCCACCACCAUCAACCCAGCUGGGCAGAGAAGGACCACAGUGAAGAUGAAGUUAAUGACUGACUCUGACCUCACAGAUCCAACCAUCAGACAGAAAGUCUUGCAGCAGUUUGAGGCAGCUCUGAACUUUCAAGGCUUCACUGAUAUCAAGUUGCACUGGAGGACUAUAAAGUCAGAGCCACAACCAACGGAGGCAGAUGUUUGUGGAGAGGAUAUAAAGUAAAACCUCACUGACACUUUUAACCCUCACAUCAAACUAGUGGGAGGACUUGAGCACGACAUUUGGAGGAUAAUUCCUAAACAAUCUGCAAUUGUUGUUUUGUUGAUUUGUUUGAAGUAUCUACCUCAAAAAAUUCCCUGAAA